UUCGAAGCUGUUCUAAUGUCAGCUACUCUAUCUUUCGUUACAGAAACUCGUGGUAAGUGGAAGAAGAGGAAGAGAGAUGCUAAUCUCGGAAGCAACAUCAAGAAACAGAGACCCGAAGAAGAAGAUGAAGAAGAGGAAGACGACGAUGAGGCGGACUUUGAGGAAGAAGAAGAAACUCACACCAUCGCCGGCGCAAACGCCGCUCCUACCGAGCCCUUCAACGACGCACGAGAAAGCGAGAUUCUCUAUGACGAUGGUGGUGUUCGGGUUUCUGAGUUCCCUCCCGUUACUAAGCGCAUUGUGAAUCAACCACACUCUUCUGUUCUCUCCGUUAUUGCUGCAGAACGUGCCAUUCAAUUCCCAGAACAGCACUUUCUGCAAAACCAGAACGCUUUCUUCUUCGAAAACAUUUCUCAUGGGCAGCUUCAGGCAUUAUCGGCUGUUCCAGCUGAUAGUCCUUCUCUAGCCCCUUCUGAUCACGACAGAGACAGACCUGAUGCACCUCCACCUGCCUAUGUAUGUACUCCCCCGGCAAUCAUGGAAGGUCGAGGCGUUGUCAAGCGAUUCGGGAAUAAUAGGGUUCUUGUCGUUCCGAUGCACUCUGAUUGGUUUUCACCCAAUUUGGUGCACAGAUUGGAGAGGCAAGUUGUGCCACAUUUCUUUUCAGGCAAGUCUGCAGAGCAUACUCCAGGGAAAUAUAUGGAUUGCAGGAAUCGGGUUGUUGCUAAGUAUAUGGAGAAUCCAGAGAAGAGGCUCAGGAUUAACAAUUGCCAAGGGUUGGCUCCUGGUAUUGAUUUCAAUGAUUUGAAUCGAAUUUUUAGGUUUCUGGAUCAUUGGGGAAUCAUUAAUUAUAGUGUGGUUACGAUAACUCAUGAGCAUAUGGUUGAUGGGCCGUAUCUGAGGGAGGAUCUAAAUGGGGAGAUUCAAGUUACCUCAGCUGCUUUGAAGUCAAUUGAUAGUUUGAUUCAGUUUGAUAAGCCCAAGAGCAGGCUCAGGGCUUCUGAUGUUUCUUUCUUGUCGUUUGGUCCUGGUAAUGAGGUCUCUGAUUUGGAUAGCAGAAUUAGGGAGCGGUUAGCUGAAAAUCAAUGCAUUUAUUGUUCUUGCCCCCUACCUCGUUUGCAUUAUCAGUCACAGAAGGAGGCUGACAUUCUACUUUGCUCGGAUUGCUUCCAUGAUGGGAGAUUUGUUAGUGGUCACUCUAGCGUUGAUUUUAUAAAGGUGGACUCCAUAAGAGAUUUGUGUGACCUUGUUGGAGACAAUUGGACUGACCAGGAAACACUUCUUCUGCUUGAGGCACUGGAAACCUACAAUGACAACUGGAAUGAAAUUGCUGAGCAUGUUGGUACCAAGUCUAAAGCACAGUGCAUCCUUCAUUUAAUUCGUCUGCCCAUGGAGGAUGGCCUACUGGAGAAUAUUGAAGUUCCAAGUAAAUCUGUUUCAACUAAAGUGUCAAGCAGAGGUGAAGAUGGAGGGCAAUAUUCAAAUCCUAAUUGUGAUCCUGCAGGCCUUGAUUCUGAAAGCAGAAUCCCAUUUGAGAAUUCUGCAAAUCCCCUCAUGGCUCUGGUUGCCUUUCUGGCCUCUGCGGUGGGGCCAAGAGUUGCUGCAGCCUGUGCUCAUGCAUCGUUAGCGGCAUUGUCCAAGGAAGAGCAUCAAUCAGUUGCUUCAAAUAACAUCUUCCAACUGGAAAGCUCUGUUCAUGGAGAUAGGAUCAGUUCAGAGAGUGCAUGUGGCAGAGAAGGUAAUUUUCAUGGAGGACUAACAAGCUCAUGCCACCAGAAAGAGGAAAGCAUGGCAGAACAUGGGUUUUGUGGUAAAAAAGAUACAGUUUCUGCUCAGUUGCCCAUUGGAAGUGUGAAAAAUGCUGCAAAAUUUGGUCUGGCUGCUGCAGCAACAAAGGCAAAACUAUUUGCUGAACAUGAAGAACGUGAGAUUCAGAGAAUGGCUGCUACAAUUAUAAACCACCAAUUAAAGAGACUAGAGCUGAAGCUGAACCAGUUUUCUGAGGUGGACACCUUGUUAAUGAAAGAAUGUGAACAGAUGGAAAGGACAAGGCAGAGGAUUGUGGCUGAACGAGCCAGAAUUAUCUCAACUCGUUUUGGACCUGCUGGAACAUCUAACACUACCCUACCAGGUGCUGCUGCUGUGGCAAGUAGUAGUGCUGUUAACAACAGGCCUCAACUUAUAUCAGCAUCACCUGCACUGACAAAUAUCUCAGCUUAUGGAAAUAACCAAGCAAGCCAUCCACAUAUGUCUUUCAUGCCACGGCCACAAAUGUUUGCAUAUGGACCACGGUUACCCCUCUCUGCCAUUCAUCCCUCUUCGUCUGCCCCAUCCAGUAGUGUCAUGUUUACUUCCCCGGGAAAUGUCGCUCACCCGAGUCUUAAUCAUCCCUUGCUAAGACCUGUAUCUGGGACUAACACAAAUGUAGGUUGACAACUAGAAAUCGGUCUCACGCAGAGCUAUAUAAUUUUAUCAAAUCAUAUUCCUCUCUC